GGGACAGAGGUCCGAGGGAGACACACGCUCGGGGUUUCGCAGGCCGGGAAGGGAAGCCGCGUGGUUGAGGAGACCGGGAACUGAGCAACUCAGAUCUGCUUGGAAAACCUGGUACAUCACCAUGCUGGCUGCAAGGUUUGUGUGUCUCCGGACACUACCUUCCAAGGUUUUCCACACAACUUUCACCAAGGCCUCCCCCGUUGUGAAGAAUUCCAUCACAAAGAAUCAAUGGCUCCUGACACCCAGCAGGGAAUAUGCCACCAAGACAAGAAUUGGGAUCCGCCGUGGGAAAACUACCCAAGACCUGAAAGAAGCAGCAUUUGAACCAUCAAUGGAAAAAAUAUUAAAAAUUGAUCAGAUGGGAAGGUGGUUUGUGGCUGGAGGGGCUGCUGUUGGUCUUGGAGCACUGUGCUUCUAUGGCUUGGGACUGUCUAAUGAGAUUGGAGCUAUUGAAAAGGCUGUAAUUUGGCCUCAGUAUGUGAAGGAUAGAAUUCAUUCUACCUAUAUGUACUUAACAGGAAGUAUUGGGUUAACAGCUUUAUCUGCCUUGGCAGUGAGCAGAACUCCUGGUCUCAUGAACUUCAUGAUGAGAGGCUCUUGGGUGACAAUUGGUGCAACUUUUGCGGCCAUGAUCGGAGCUGGAUUGCUGGUGCAUUCGUUACCAUAUGAGCCUAGCCUGGGCCCGAAGCACCUUGCUUGGAUGCUGCAUUCCGGUGUGAUGGGUGCGGUGGUAGCUCCCCUGACGGUCCUGGGCGGGCCUCUGCUCCUCAGAGCUGCGUGGUGCACUGCUGGUAUUGUGGGAGGCCUCUCUGCUGUAGCCGUGUGCGCGCCCAGCGAGAAGUUCCUGAACAUGGGGGCACCUCUCGGAGUGGGCCUGGGCGUCGUCUUUGUGUCCUCGUUGGGAUCUAUGUUCCUUCCACCUUCUACAGUGGCUGGUGCCACUCUGUACUCAGUGGCAAUGUAUGGUGGGCUAGUUCUUUUCAGCAUGUUCCUCCUGCAUGACACUCAGAAAGUGAUCAGACGUGCAGAAACUGCACCAGCGUUUGGAGCUAACAAAUACGAUCCCAUCAACUCGAUGUUGGGAAUCUACAUGGAUACAUUAAAUAUAUUUAUGCGAGUCGCAACCAUGCUAGCAACUGGGAACAGCAGAAAGAAAUGA